AGUACAUUUGGCUCAUAGUGAAGACUUUGGGAUCCAUGGGCAAGGCGCGUUCUUACUGCAUCAUCCACCCUGACUCGGUCUCUCACGCAAAGUUCGGCUACAGUCGCGCUGAUGUCACGAUAGAGUUUCCAGGCGAGUUCAAGACGGGCCAGGAUGGGCUGCGAGACUUUGCCUUUGACCGCGUCUUCGAGCCAAGCGCGGGACAGGCGCAGAUCUAUCAGGAGGUAGCACGGCCUGCCAUCAAGGACGUCUUUGAGCGGAUGGCCAACUGCUUGUUCCUGGCGGUUGGCGCGAGCGGCGGGGGCAAGACCUUCACAAUGACCGGAGGCACCAAGCGCUUUGAUGACAGGGGCCUCAUUCCCAGGAGCAUUUCAGCUGUCUUCGAGACAUUGGCUGCACGAACAGAUCGCGAAGAUUUCCGGGUGGCAGUGUCUUUCUUUGAGAUCUACCGGGAGCAAGUCAUAGACCUCCUGAGCAAGGCAUAUGCCGAGUCGGCUACACGCCACAUUGUGAGGAGUGAACGUGAGGCGUAUAAUCUUCUCUUUGAAGGAGACUCUCGCAGACAUUUCGAGCAAUUGCCGUCGAACUCAGAGACUUCCAGGGGCCAUGUCUUCUUUCAGCUCUACAUCACCCGGGCCAAUGCCGAGGCAGUCUUAGCUUUUGUCGACGUAGCAGCCCCAAGCCCCAAGCAGAGUAGCAUCGAUACCAGUAUAGCACAGAGCCUGGCUGCUCUUCGUGCAGUGGCACGGUCAAUGUGUGCGGGCUUGCCGGCAGAUCAGAACUCCACUUUGUUGACCCGCUUGUUGGAACAGUGGCUGACUCAUGACGACAUCGUCACGCUUCUCCCCCUGAAGUACCAGAGCUGUGGCGAAAGCUACGACUUCUUGCAGCUUGCUCGCAUCUUGCACCAGGCUCUGAAGAGCAGGGCUGGGGCUUGCGAAGGGCAUCCGAGAAAGAGCUCACCAGUCGCAGGUCCGAUGCCCGGAACUGUCGGCGCAUGCCCGGCCGAUACGACCUCACGCGACCGGCCUUUGUCCCACACGUUCACUCCCACCUUUGCAAUGCGAACCCCACGAAACCUGGAUGCUUGCGAGUGCAUCGGCCCAGACACUGAGGCGGCCCCAGCGAUCAGAUCUCUGGACAUGAAAAUUCCCACGCCUGCACGCAAUCGGUGCAGAGUGCCCAAGGCAGAGGCGCCCUCUGUACCACCUGGGCCGGUCCCAGCGGGCCAAGCGGCCCGAGUUUUUGGAGUCGACGUGCGGCAUCGGCACUCACUGCCUGUUGUGAGAGCGGGUGUCGCCAGGGAAGCGUCCCCGUUUCGAGGGCAAGCCCGUCCACUUGGCAUGCCCCAUAACCUUGUGAGCGCCCAUGCAACCCGUGUGGCGCAUGUGACUGUGAAUCCGCACGUGAACAUCACUCGACCCGGCUUAGCGAACGCUUCAGCAACUUGCACGUAUUCGCCUAUGCGUGGAGGGCGGUCGGCAGCUCGGAGGUGCAGGCCGUCCGUCUCGUAUUCGCCACUGCCUAUGCAAAGGGUGGUCGCCCGCCCUUACCACUCUGAAGGCCGCAGCCGCAGCAUCUCACCAAUGCCUGGCUCUGGCGUUACUUCAGCGCCUUUCCCGUGGGUCCCCAUUCCCGCUGGAGUGAAAUCCUGGGCUCCAGGCCAUGGGUGAGGUCGCGCUGUAGGCAGCUAGCAAAAUGUUGCACAGUCCUGCCUUCCUUGCCUUGCAGGAAGCAGCCUUCGCCGAGGGGAUGCGUAGCACGAAUGUGCUCUAAUUUCAAUGCACGGCCAAGCGGCCAAUUAGUUGGAGAUGCAACUGUCGGCUGUCGUGGGCUGCUUCUGGGAUUGAUCUUGUUGGACCCCGAAAGAAAGCCGACGGAGCAGCAUUCAUUCCUGUUUCACGCGUGGCAUUGUGUCGCCCAGUCUCGCUCAGCAGCAUGGAAUAUUGCAAUAAUUAGGUCAGUCUUCUCCGAGGUGUCGAGCUUGGCAUGUUGAACAGACUGA